AGACCCUGGACCCCCUCCGACUGGACCGCCUCCGACGAUCGCGUCCGCGGCGGAGCCUCGCACUCCUACCUCACCCCCACGCCGUACAACACCGCCCGCUUCCACGGCACCCUCGACAUCACCACCCUGGGCGGCGCGGGUUUCGCCUCGCAGCGCACCACCACCACCACCCGCGAAUGGGAUCUCUCGGCCUUCGCGGGGCUGGAGGUCCACGUGCCCCGCGCCGACCAGAAGCGCUACACCUUGACGUUGAAGGACGAGAUCCCGCCAACUCGGCCGGAUGGACGCGAGCAGAGCUCUGUGAGCUGGGAGGUGGAUUUCACCGUCCCCGAGGCGGGGGCGCGGUUGCGGUUCGCCUGGGAGGAGUUCCGGCCAACGUAUCGCGGGCGGGAGGUCGAGAGGGAGAAGGUUGCGCCGCUGGAUUUGGAGCGGGUGCGGCGGGUGGGGAUUAUGGUUCGGAGUUUCUUUGGGGAGCAGGCGGGGGCGUUUGAGAUGGUGGUUGAGUCGAUCAGGGGGUGGGGGAGUCGGAAGGAGGAGAUGAGGAUGAGGUAUAGGGAUGAUGAUGAUGCUGAUGGAAGCGUGUCUGCGAGGACCGAGGGAGAGGACAAUGAGAAAUGGGGAGUGGGCGAGGCGCAGUGGAUGGCGAGUCCACGGCCGUGGGAUCGACUGCGGGCGAUGUUCUGCUGUGGAGUGUAGUAUAUAGGAGGAGUAUCCCCCUCCUUGUUCUAUUUGCAAACUACUGCG